GAAUGAAUGAUAGUAAAAAAAAUAUGUCGGUGGCGAGUUGACGGGCGAUCGUGGAUUUUCAGAAAAUCGAAACUAUUAUUCGUCUCGGCAUUGAUAAAAUACAAAUGACUGAUUAAUUAGACUAUUUUGUAAACCAAUGACCAGGCGGGAGUGUAUCGUUGUUUAUUCUUAGGUCUUUACUUAAAAAAUAGGAUGUGAAUUUAUCAGCAUGUGUCACUAUUCAUCAACAAAUUGUAUGGUGAAACGAUGAGCAGUGGUGACGAGGGUUAUGACUUGAAGCCCUUAGCUUUAUUUGUUUAGGUGGUGACUGUGGUGUGGUGUUGUGUUGUUGAGUUUCUAUUCAGUGAAGGUGGUAAAUUCAGUAUCAAAAUGGCGGACCUCGAAGCAGUGCUGGCAGACGUCAGCUACUUGAUGGCAAUGGAAAAGUCCAAAUGCACUCCAGCAGCUCGAGCUAGCAAGAAAAUUGUCUUGCCGGACCCCAGUGUACGGAGUGUAAUGCAUAAAUACAUGGAAAAGAAGAAUGAAAUCAAUUUUGACAAAAUAUUUAAUCAAGUCUUAGGUUAUUUAUUAUUUAAGGAAUUCUGCGAGCAAACGUCAGAAGCAGAACCAGUGCCACAAUUAAAAUUUUAUGAAGAGAUAAAAUUAUAUGAAAAACAAGAAUGCCCAGAGGAGAGGCGGAGGAUCGCGCGAGAAAUCUACGACAAUUUCAUAAUGAAGGAAUUAUUAGCUCACUCACAUGAUUAUUCAAAGGAGUGCGUAGCGCACGUACAAAAAUAUUUAAUGAAACACGAAGUGCCUCCGAAUCUUUUUGAGCCGUACAUUGAAGAGAUAUUUCAACACCUACGAGGGGAGCCAUUCAGACUGUUCUUAGAAAGCGACAAAUACACGCGGUUUUGCCAAUGGAAAAACUUGGAGCUCAACAUUCAGUUAACAAUGAACGAUUUCAGCGUCCAUCGCAUCAUCGGUCGGGGUGGUUUUGGUGAGGUGUACGGGUGUCGGAAAGCGGACACGGGCAAGAUGUACGCGAUGAAAUGCCUGGACAAGAAGCGGAUCAAGAUGAAGCAGGGCGAGACGCUGGCGCUCAACGAGAGGAUAAUGCUGUCGCUCGUCAGCACUGGGGUGGACUGCCCGUUCAUAGUCUGCAUGACGUACGCGUUCCACACUCCGGACAAGCUGUGCUUCAUCCUGGACCUGAUGAACGGGGGCGACCUGCACUACCACCUGUCUCAGCACGGCGUGUUUAACGAGGCCGAGAUGAAGUUCUACGCCGCUGAGGUCAUACUGGGUCUAGAGCACAUGCACAAGCGCCACAUCGUGUACCGAGACUUGAAGCCGGCGAACAUACUGUUGGACGAGCACGGCCACGUGCGCAUCUCCGACCUCGGGCUCGCCUGUGACUUCAGCAAGAAGAAGCCGCAUGCCAGCGUAGGCACGCACGGCUACAUGGCUCCAGAAGUGCUGUCCAAGGGCACGGGCUACGACUCGUCGGCCGACUGGUUCAGCUUCGGCUGCAUGCUCUACAAGCUGCUCAAGGGCCACUCGCCGUUCCGCCAACACAAGACCAAGGACAAGCACGAGAUCGACCGGAUGACCCUCACUAUGGUAAAGAACGUGGAGUUGCCGGAUUCGUUCAGCCCGAGCCUGAAGAGUCUGUUGGAGGGCCUGCUGCAGAGGGACAUCAACAAACGUCUCGGCUGCAAGGGCAGAGGAGCGGACGAAGUGAAGGAGCACGUGUUCUUCGCGGGCAUCGACUGGCAGCAAGUGUACCACCAGAAGUACACGCCGCCGCUGAUCCCGCCGCGGGGCGAGGUGAACGCGGCCGACGCCUUUGAUAUAGGCAGCUUUGAUGAAGAGGACACUAAGGGGAUCAAGUUGACGGAGACAGACCAGAUGCAGUACAAGGACUUCCCGCUGGUGAUCUCGGAGCGCUGGCAGGCCGAGGUGGCGGAGACGGUGUUCGAGACCAUCAACCAGGAGGCCGACAAGAUGGAGAACAAGCGGAAGAACAAGAACCGGCAGCGGGUGUUUGAUGAGAUCAAGGAGAAAGGCUCAGACUGCAUCCUGCACGGCUACAUAAAGAAGCUCGGCGGGCCGUUCGCGAGCGCGUGGCAGACUCGCUACGCAAAACUGUACCCGAAUAGACUCGAGCUGCACCUCGAGAACUCCACCAAGCCCGAGAUGAUACUUCUGGACUCAGUCGAGGAGGUGUCCUCGGACCUCGUGAGUGUGAAGGGAGAGCAGUGCAUCGUGCUGCGGACACGGAAUGACACGAAGAUUGUGCUCACUAAUACGGACGAAAUCGGCCUCAAGGAGUGGGCGCUGUCCCUGCGCUCGGCACACAAGUGCUCCCAGGAGCUUCUCGCCUCUAUGGCGAAGAAGGCCGGCAAGAUAUACGGCACGGACGGGUCGAAGGACGGGGGGGCGCCCGCCCGCGCCCCCGCGCCCGCGCCCUCCCCCGCGCUCGCCCGCGCGCCCAACGGGAACAACUAGCAGGAGCUUCCCGCACCCCCCAACAAGGGUGCGAAGAUGUUCCGCCGCUCCAAGAGCGCCGCGCAGCUCAUCAAGUGAGCGCCACGGAACAUAGUGAGUGUGUGCGAGCGUAGACUGUAGCCCCCCCCACACACACACACACACCACGGACGAUAAACUCUCGGCAAAUCUUAUAAUGUGUACGUGACGGCACACGAUGCCUCCAUAGAUAUAGCGUUAGAACUGCCAAAUUGUAAACUCGCCGAGGGCUAUUUAUAAUACAGUUUCACUUGAUCCUCGUAAGUAGGGAUAUUCGAUAAUAGUGACUUUUAGGACUGCCAAUUACUAAUAAAUAAAUGCUAUCCGCAUUUUAAUUGUUGUAUGUACGAAUUAUUGUGAUAGGACAGAUCAAUAUGACGUGUAAAAAAAACUAUUUCAUUUACCUACAGUAAUUUCAAUGGAUAAUAAAUAACUUUUGUAAUUGUUUGCACCAAUUGAAUUUUGUAAUUAUUAAUGUAAUGUUCUGGAUGUUGUAUUUAAAUACGUAGUUUAUCAUGUAAAAAAUAUAACUUAAAUCGAGUAGAUAAUUAUUAAUAGUAACUUCCUAUAUGUGUUUGUGCAAUAGAUCAAAUAAAAUUAUAUUAAAAAAAGUAACUAAUGACAGCAUUGGUUAAAAAAAUAAUGUUGAAUUUCGACGAAAUUGGAUACUCUAAUUGUGCGUAUGAAAUUAUGGAUGCUUCAACUACUUAUAUUGUAAUUAGAAAAUAUAGCACUUUGUUUAUGCCUCUGGUUAUUACGCACAAACAUAAUAAUUAUGAUACUUAUCAUUAUCAAUAUGGUUAUAAUUGGUGGCUCUCUUGUGGAUAUGAGUUUUAAACUUUAGCUCGUCUUCUUUAAGCAUGUAACAAAUUUAUUUAAUCAUACAAUCAUUGUGUACUUAAAAGUUUAAACCAUUUCCUGUCCUGUGAUGUAACCACCGAUUCAAAUUCUGUUGCUUCGUGUAUUGGAAGCUAAUGUACGUAGAUUUCAUUGCAAAAGCGUCAAUACAAUUAACUUAUGGCAAUACUUUUUCUAACAACCUUUUAGGUGUGGUUAUUAAUAACAAUAGUAGUAAAUGCGAUAUAAAUACCACAACAAUUAGAGAAUACUUAAGAAUAAUCAAUGUGUAUAAUUAUUAUUUAUGUGAAAUUUUGUUAUUUUUUAUCUGUUGACUGUAUGGUGUCCCCGCGACGCCGCAUCGAGUUUAUAGCAAUGCAAGUGCAAUCUAUUGUUUUAAAGUUUUAAACCUGUUGUUUGACGAAUGCUUGAGAUGUUACAUUGUUUGUGAAGGUAGCCUCGAAGUAGUCAGCUAGAGGUAGUCAAUGGUCUAUCUAUGACAAGAUGAAAAUUUGUGAAAUUCACACCAUUAUCGCACGGACUCAAUGUGUCACCUCAAACAAUUGAAUAUAUUGAAAUAACUACGUUGUCUGGUGCAGAUUGGAUGACUAUACUAUAGUUUAUUUAAUAUAUAUAAGUUCACAGGUAUAAUACCAAUAACUGCUUGCGUUUUCCUAUACUGUGUAAGAUACAAGUUUUAUAAAAUCUUUAUUGGAAAAUACAGGUACAAUUUAAUUUACAUAACAACAUCAAGCGUAAUCCUAUUUGAUAGGUUAUAGAUUAAGUAGUAACUAUUUUGUAUAAAAUUGUAGAAAUUUUACAAAAUAAGUGCCAUCAGAAAGUUAGUUGGUGUUUUUGAAGCGUUUUAAUAGGUUUCUUUCUCGUUCUGAAAGUCGGGAUGUAUUUGGGAGAUUUUAGAUGGUCGUUGUAUUUGUACAAUAAAUAUAUAAAUAACUAAGGGAAAGGGUCCGAUGUAAUAAUCGUUCAAUAUCAUUCGUCAUGUUAAGAGUAGAUUGUGUUUGCUUGUAUGUGUGUCGAAUAUAAUUUAAAAUGUAAAAAAUAUUAGAUGCUAUGCUAGUCAAUUGAAUUUCUUGAUUAAAUAAAUAAAAUUAAAAAUAAUAGAGUACAUUGACACAGUAUAAACAGUAUUAUAGGUUAGUUUUUCCUUACUUGAUAAAAUCAUUCUUUCUAUUGUGAUAUUACUUUUUAAAUCUUGCAUAGAUUAACGUAAAUUUAUGAGGGAAAUUAAUGCUUUUACUUCUUUCCAAUUCGCUUCAUUAGAGAUAUAUUUCAGAGUUUUUUUGUCUACUAUUUGUUAGUUGCAGUGUAGGAUUCAGCUAGUUUAAUUCUCUUCGCCUGCGAUUUUGUUAUAAAAUGCAAAGCUUGAUCAUUUUAACAUUCCGAAGCAUCUUACAAAUUCUUAUGUAUAUUUUAUUAGCAAUUUUCGCUCAUAUUGUUCCUUAAAAAAUUACAAACGACAGCCCAAGAAAAGUCCAAGUUUUAACAAAGGAGUGGCUAGUAUCAGUGCAGUUAUAGAAGAGGUGUCAUGCAAUAAAAUGUAUCAAGUUUCAAAUCUAUUUUAGAUGUGUCUAUUCAGUGUUGUAGCUAUGCCUAUGUAAGUACCUACAUUAUAUGCCACAGAAACCUAGAACAGGUUUCCCAGUAGUAUUGUCACUACUACUAUUCGUCAUCAGUCAUCAAGCAUAUUGCACUCUGUAGUCUGUUUUAAAAUCUUAUUGUAUUCGUUGUCUUUAUUGGCGGCACCGUAUUACUUCUUAUUAUAUGGUAUUACCUGGUAGGUACAGGUGGUUUGUGGGCGACACGCAUCACGUGACAUAUUGUUGUGUAGGUACGUAGGCAUAUCUACAACCCUAUACAUAGUCCUUUUUACGUUUAUAAUAUGAAUAUGAGUUGAGUAAGUGUAACUGUUUUAAGGAAACAUUUCUGACUAAUCGAAUCUGCAUCAGACAAUAUGAAAAUAUAUUAUUUAAGUACCUCUGUUAGAGACAAUUUUUAUUGUAAACCUACAUUGCGUGUAGUAAAUUGUUUAUUUAAUCAAUAUGGUGUUUUAUUUUUCAAACUACAUACCUAGGUACUAUACUCUCAAAUCUCUUAAUACCAUUUCUUUCGAAUGUUAAGAAGUUAGCAGGUAUAGUUCUAUUCACGUAAUUUGUGUAUCAAAGCCCAUACGUGAUUAUAUAGCCUAGAUCACCCAAAGCUGUAUCCGCCACUGGUAAAGCCCAGGUGUAACAGGGUGUAAAUGACAUAAUGAUCCCGAUCAAUCUGAACAACUUAUAACCGGUAAUUAGUAAACAUAACCUUGGAAUUCACAUUUACUUUCUUGGGGUGCCAAGGAAAAAUGCUUCAUUAAUCAACCAAGGAAUACAUUCGCCUGCUAACAAGAUUAAUAAAAUUCCAUUGAGAUACGUAAAACAACUGUCAUGGAUUUAUAAGCAGGUACUAGCUAUGUACUUAUUUGAUAAAAUACAGAACAAAGAAACUAUGUAUGAUAAUUAUAACAUUUAAUUUACUUCUAUAUAAACUUUUACAGCCAUGUAGCAUACCCAUUUUUAUAACAUCAUGUAGAACUCUUUAUCUUAUUAUAUUUGUUACCUACUGCAAAAACUAUUGUUCGCUAUCGUUAUCACAUCACAAUAGGUAAACAGCUUAAAUACAUUUCUAGUGUUUAAACACAUUUAAUUGUCUAUCCAUUACUAUAACGUACCUACAGAAUGCUAUAUUUUUCAUACUAAUCCUUGAAUGGAGCCCAAUUUAAAAUAACUAUUUGAUGGCAAUCAGAGCAAUAUGAUUUAUUCCAUGUUUAAAUUUAUGUAGGUCUAGGUACCUAAGUAUACCGAGGAGUCACGAAACUGAUACAGUAUACCUAAACAUUAACUUCUUAAUUCAUAUCAGUUAAAUCCUUUUAAUUUUAAUUAUGAAUAACAUUUAUCAAGGUAUUUACGUCUAACUAAACGGUCUUUGACUUAUUAAAAGUACCUACAAAUAAAUACGUGUAGAUACUUAUUUAAAAUGGAAGACUUGUUUUUGCCAAGCAUGUCGAAUAGUCGAAUAUUUUAUACGCUUAAAUAACAUUGUAAAGCUUAAAUAAUGGAAUUGUAAGUAAUAUAAAAACAAUGAUUUACAACUAAAUAACUAAAAUAAAUAUGUACUUAAUAUGCACAUAUUUUCUUAACCGUAAACUAACAAAACGUAAAAUAACAAUAAAAAUGUAUUUGGUGCAAGUAUCAUUUUACUUACCACCAAAUGUUCAACUCACAAUAG